AUGGCCAGCGGCGACCUCACAUUUCGAUUCAUCUUUCCUCAGAACUCCGAUGCGGACAUGCGGACCUUCCAGAUCAGGCAAGUUAUUGAGGGGUCUUUGGACACGGCUGAAAUCUACAAGUUUCACCACCCAAAUACCGGGACAAACAUGGGCGUCACUACAAUCCAGCGAAAGAAUGCGGCCACGCAGCGGUGGGAAAAUGCCGGCCAGAUUGAAUGGUCAUCAGACACAAAUGCGUCAGUGUUUUUCGGGGGAAUAGAGCGGGUGUCGAUGAGAGACCUGCGCAAAUUAAAGAAGCCGACAAGCAAAUCUCGCCGUUUCAAAGCCAACGGCGCUGAGUACAAGUGGAAGAUUGCAGAGAACGGGGUUGAUAUCAAUUCGAGGCAAGCAGGUGGCCAAUUGGUCCCAAGCGACAUUAAUCUUACGAGUAACAGAGCGGGCAGAAGGAAUCUUGGACAGGGUGGUCGUUACGUUUUUCUUGAAUCUGUGGAUGAAACGACUGAACAUGUGGUGAACGACCCGCGUCACCCCGUGACCAUUGUCUCUUGUAUGUCCAUCCUGACAAACAUUACUGUAUCAUUUACUGUCAACGAUAACGUUGGCGAUAUGCAAUCGAGAUCCAUGCUCGAAACCACUCCGGCGGCAUCCAGGAAUAUCUCGCAGUUGAGGAGGCAGCAUGAUGAUGGAAAAUACAUCUUACUCAAUAACGCACGGCUGGUCCCUCAAAGUGGUCAAUUUGACUCGCGUGGGCAAAUUAAAUGA